AAAAGACUACAAGAUCUAAUUCGUUAACGAGAGAGACGUUCAAAAAAGCUAAAGUGAAUGAUCAGAUAAAUGGUCAAAAUACUUCUAAUACUUUUAUAAAGCCAUUAAACAUAAAUAGUGCGUCAGUGAGUUCAAAAAAGAUGGAGCAAAGAAUUAAUUUAUAUGAAGAGGAUUAUAAAGUGCCGUUUAUUGUCUAUAUCGAUGCAAUACCGGCUAACGUUGAAAGAAAAUCUAUUAAUGCCGUAGCAGUAUCACGAGUUUUAAAAAAAUUAAAAUAUGUAGACAUUGACGACGUGGUCAAAGUGGGAUAUGGAAGGGCAAAGAUUGUUUGCAAAACAGCACAGGUAGCCAAUGAUUUGGCAAGAGAUAUGAGACUUGGACAAGAAGGCUACGAAGCCAGAAUAAUGUAUCACAAUAUUUCAAAAAUGGGCAUUAUUUUUGAUAUACCUUCUGAUAUUAGCACGGAAGAACUGUUGCAGGAUAUUGAGUCGCCGAUACCAAUUCUAAAAAUUAUAAGAGUUGAACGGAGAGAUAAAGACAAUAAAGACAUUAAAAUACCAACGAGACGUGUAAAAAUAAUAUUUAAAGGCCUGGAAAUACCCAAAACGGUAGUAUAAGGUUACACCAAAAUUGAAGUAAAACAUUUAAUCGCGCUAGCUCAAUGUUAUAGAUGUUAUCGUUUUAACCACUAUGCACAGCAUUGCAAGGAGAGAGCAAAUAAAUGUAAGUAUUGUUUCCAAGAGCACGGAGUGGGAGAUAGUUGUCUGCCAAUUGUCUGUGUUAAUUGCAAAAGCAAGCAUUUACCGACUGCGAGAGAUUGCCCGGCUAGGGUGAAAGCAUAUGUUAUAAGGCGAACGAUGGUAGUUGAAAACAGAACGUACAGGAGGCGCAAAAAAAGGUUUCAGACAUUUUAGGCAACCGGUUUGAAUUAUUGGACAAUUACGAGGAAGAAUAUCCUCCGGCCUAAAUAGAAAUAGAAUUAAUCAAGCUACCCAACAAUAACAAAGAUACAAUCAGCUUUAUGCAUAAAAUAUUACCUUAUUCAAGAGUAGCCCAAAUAGGCAACCUCAACAGACAAAGAGAGGAAUUGAAUGCAUCUCGGACAAUGCAGGAAUGGAGAGAGGCCAUUCAACCGGUAAGAUCAGCAAAAAUAGCCAUGGAUACCAACAAAAUUGUUAGUACACAAAAUACCUUCAAUGAAUUAAACCAUGCUAUAUCCACACACUUAGCUAACAAUGUCGACGACAGAUUGAACUUACAAAACAAUAGAACUAUUUAACAAUAUACGAGCAGCAUUAAAUAAAAUAAAUAAUGAAUUCGACAGCACUUUAAUAAAUAACGCAAGUAAAAAUGGAAAUGAAAAUACUACAAUUUAAUAUUCAAAGUUUAAAAAGAUUAGGAAAUAAAGUGUUAUUAGAGCUUUGUUUAAAUAAUAACCAGAUAGAUGCGGCAAUAUUGUCAGAGACUUGGCUGAACAGUAACAUCGAAACAAGUAUGAAUGGUUACAAUUUUGCAUUCUCCAAUAGACCGGAUGGAUUUGGAGGAGUGGGAAUCUAUUUGAGGAAAAAUAUUAAAUUUUCAACAUUCAAAAUUAACAGUGAAGUAGAAAAUGUGGGGAUUACAACUUUAAAUUUGAACAGAAACAUAAAUAUUAUCAGUUUAUACAGCACACCAAAUACCAACAAUAUUCAAUUUAAAAAUGGUUUGGAUAAAAUUUUUACACACAUAAGACAGCUGAGAGGGCCAACGUUAAUCGUUGGCGAUCUAAAUGCAAAAGGUGCAAGCUGGGACAAUCACACAACGAAUCGCAAAGGAUACAUCCUGGAAAACUUAGCAAAUGACUACAAUUUUAGGUGUAUAAACGAUGGUUCGCCGACCUAUGCAGUAAAUUCAUCGAAUGCGUCAGCUAUAGAUGUAACCUUCAUUAAUGAUAAUGUCAGAUGUACAUGGAAAGUGAUAAAUAAACUAACAAACAGCAAUCAUAACCCCAUAGUUGUAACUGUUCAUAGUAAAUUUAAAGCCAAAACAUCUACAUCUAAAAUUAUAACAUCGAAAGUUCUUAAAGAUAUGAACGAGGUGAAAGUGGGACAUAAUUUAGAAGAAUUCAUAAAAACAUGCAAUAGUACCAUACAAAAGAAUACAAUAAAAAUUAAUAAUUCAAACAAAUAUAUCCCUAAACAUUGGUGGACAGAUACUUCGCAAAGGUUGUUCAGGUUGAGAAAUGCGGCCAGGAAAAAGUAUAACCAGUACAAAACAAUGCAAAACCUUGAAUUAUUAGACAUAGCGGAAAAGAAUCUUAGGGAACACAUAAAAGAACAAAAGAACAAAAACUUCAGCGAAGUAAUUGAUCAGAUUUCAAAUCCGUCCUGUGCAAAAGAGAUGUGGGCCAAAAUUAGAAAUUUAAAAAAAUAUCAGUGUGAGAAAAAUGUAAAUAAUUCAUGGAAUACACAAGAUAGUAUUAAAUAUCUCAAUCAUAUAACUAGACAAAGAAGCAAUAAUCCUAAUAACGACAAUAGUGACGCUAAUUCAAAUUCAAAUAAUGAAGGCAUAGUUGAAAUGAACAUAGAAAACUUUUCUAAAUUUCUAAACAGCAGAAACUUAAAUUCCGCCAAAGGAAAUGAUCCUAUAUCGUACAAAAUGUUGGUACAAUUAAAAGAUGAAGAGUAGAGCAAUCUGUUUAACAUU